UUGUUGUAAGAGAUCCCUCGGUUUUUUGCACGCAGAGCCGUUCGGAAAAUCAAUCGAUUGAUAUUGACCGUGGAGAUCUUUAACAACAUAAACGAGGCUGAAGGGCAUGCUUGCUCUUGACCGCUUUUUCAAGAUAGGGUUUUGACUAUCGUCUCCGCGUUCCGAGGAUUGUUGUUGAUUUGGCAGCGGUUUCUUGUCUUACACAGGAGAAGGAACCACGGCAAUACGCGGUGUGACCUUGCUUUCGACCUAAAGGAAGUUUAAGCAUUUGACCUGCCUGUGUGGGGAUUACAUAGAGUACCGAUUCAGUAUUGUUCACCCUGUUCUGUGCACUCGAGGAGUUGAACAGGCUUUUACUGGUCAAGGAAGGUUGCCGUGAAAAGUCAUUUGUGUAUCUGGGACCCUCCAUCUUUGUUCGUGGAUCAAGCAGGUCUUUAGCAGAUCUGGAGUGCUUGCUGAUAUCUCAAACCGCCAUCUACCUUCUUCCCCCAACAUCACUCGACGAACGCUGGCGUUGACGACAACAACAGCAACGGAAUUCCAACUUAUCGAUCGCUUGUGAAGGCUUUGCUGCAGAGAUGGACCUUAUCAGAUCUAUAUCUGUCGCAGCAGCCUCACCCUCCUUUCCCUCCUUCUCAUUUCCCUCAGUACCGUCCACGCCGACGCAGGCAGCGCAAGCGCAAAUUCCACCUCCUGCAUCACCCUCACCAAAACCACGACAUGUCCCAACCAAGAAGGCCGCCCUGUAAUCGUCUCCCCGAGCCUCUACAAUGACACCGCGAGUUUUGAUCGCUUUAUCACACUUAAUUACGACUCCAAUCCUACGUAUAUUUCCUCAUUCCGAAGUGCCUACGGGUGUCCGCGGUACGAAGGCAAAGGACAGCGAUACCAUAUUAGCUAUUACUGCUCUUUGCUGGUAGAGGCUUCUGCAGCGACAUGUGGUUCAAGUCCGGGGAAGCCGCUCUGCCGGGACACGUGUCUUCAGGCUCGCCAGGCCCUCCAAAGCGUUUUUGAGGAUACGACUGUGUGUGAUGCGGGAGGGGACAAACUGAAGGCUAGGACGGAUACUUUAAACAGUUACUGGAAUUUUUGCGAUUCCCUGAAGCUGGAAAGCCUGGGUGGGCAGUGUGAUGCCGGAAUGAUCCCGAUUGAGGUGAAUACGUGUGGGUUCUUCACAAUCGCCGAAGCCCGAGCGUAUUGUGCAGGUUCUGCCACUCGCGGUGAUCCCUGUUGCGCGCGGGUUAUUGCAGCAGCAGCAACAGGACCUUCGACCCAGGUCCCGGGCGGAGCACCUCCCAACCCACCAACAAGCAACCCACCCUCGCCAACUGCAGACCGUACAGUCAUAACUGGUCUCGCAAGCGGGGUGGGAGGCGUCGCGCUUCUGACUGUGAGCGUCCUUGCUCUGCGAAAAUAUCGUGCUCGUCGGAGAAGCAGCGAUGUUUCGUCAAAGUCUAUGACGCAGACUGUUAGCCGUAAACCAAGCGGUCUCACUCUCAUCCCAACACAUAGGCAAGACGAACGCGUCCUCAACUCUACAUCGAGCGUUUCCCCGUCUUUUCCCUCUCCUCCUAACUCUGCUCAAUACCUUCUCUCAUCACCGAUAUCCUCUUCGUCAUCCUCUGCCCGCAUGGGCCCUCCUCCUCAGUUACCCCUCCCAACGAUCCCCAGCAAUGCGCGAUUCAGCAUGGACCCGACAAGUGCCAUAUACGGAUCCUCACCACCGCAGGGGUCAUUAGCUGGAACGACCAUUACAAGAUCGGUGGCCGGUGAUGACCAAAACACGGAUAUUGGACAAGAACAGGAGUCUGUUGCGGCUAGCGAUGGUCAAGAGCAACCCAAAACGAGGAUGAAGGUUUGGGCAGAAUAUGUACCAGAUCUUCGUGACGAGAUUCAACUCAAAGUGGGCGACGUGAUGGAGAUCUAUGAAACAUUCCCUGAUGGCUGGGCAACGGGUCAAAACCUCACCACAGGCACUACUGGUGUCUUCCCGCUGGCGUGCCUCAUCACUCCUACUUCGCCGCUCCGAGGCUCUAUCACAGCCUUAUCAAGACUCUCUGGUCGUGUCAGCUCGAUGGUUCACGGAGGAGGGAAUCGGGAAGAAGAUGAAUCGUGAAAAUUGCAUGUUUUUUUCAAGAUAUAUAGUCAACUGUUUCGCCUGUGUUUGUCAAUGCCUCAUAUGUGUGUGAAUUAGUAUUGGAGUAUGAGCUACGGAACAGAGAGAUGUGUUCCGGGUGUGUAGAGCUAUUACCUUUACGUUGAGAAUAAUAAAUAAAGGAUUGGUGAUACUUGUUAGU